AUGACUCUUUCUUCGUUCUGGAAUCGCCACAAGAGCAAGGUCUGGGAUACCCUCGACAAGUCUCCUAAGGAGAGACACAUUUAUUUCAAGGUUGACUUCUGGAUCUUGACAUAUGCUUGUGUCGGUUACUUCCUCAAGACUCUUGAUCAAACAAACUUGUCCAACGCGUAUGCUUCGGGAAUGAAGGAGGAUUAUAAGUUCCACGGGAAUCAGUAUAACAUGGCCAGUAGUACCAUGUUCAACAUCGGAUACAUUAUUGGUCAAAUUCCAAGUCAAAUGGUUCUGACCAGAGUCAGACCUUCCAUCUGGUUACCAACGAUGGAGCUGUUGUGGGGUAUCUGCUGCAUGUGUAUGGCUGCCACCCACAAGUCACAGCAGGGAGUCAAAGAAAUCUACGCUCUGCGGUUCCUGAUCGGACUUUUCGAAAGUACAAGUUAUGCAGGUUUGAUAGGAAUUCUGGGUCAAUGGUACACACCCUCUCAGCUCGGUAAGAGAGCAGGUAUCUUCCAGAUUUCGUCUUCUGCCUCCAACAUGUUCUCUGGUUACUUGCAAACCGGUCUCCACAACGGAAUGGACGGUGUUCAUGGCCUGAAGUCUUAUCAGUGGUUAUUCAUCUUUGAUGGUAUUAUCACCAUUCCUGUCGCUAUCUAUGGAUAUUUUGCUAUUCCUGACGCUCCGCACGAUUCCAAGUCCUGGUGGCUCAAGCCGGACGAAAGAAAGCUUGUUAUUGAUAACUUGGCAGCCGUCAAACGUCAACCUCGCAAGAAGUUCACCUGGACGGCCAUGGCAUCUCUCGUUUUGUCGUGGCCAGUGUGGUUCUUCUCUGCUGCUUUCAUCUGUCACGUUGUUGCUAUCAAGCUGUACAGUUACAUGAAUCUGUGGCUCAAGUCUGCCGGAUACACUGUCUCUAAUGUCAACACUUAUCCGACCGCCGGGUACGGGUUGCAGAUUGUGUGUACAAUCAUUAUGACUUGGACUUCAGACAUCAUUGGCAAACGUUGGCCAUUGAUUGCGAUCUUCUGUACCGUCGCUGUGAUUGGAUGCAUCAUUCUGACUGCUUGGCCUGAGAACAACCAUGCCGCUCUCUUCACCGGUUGGUACCUUCUGUUUGCCGAAACCGGUUGCGGUGUGCUCUUCAUGUCGUGGAUCAACGAGACCAUGUCGCACUCUGCAGAGCAGAGAUUCGUGUGCAUUGGUGUUGUGGAGGCAAUGUCCUUCACCUUCCAAGCCUGGUUGCCACUGAUCAUCUACAACACCACAAACGCUCCAUAUUUUGGCUCUGGUUACCCAACAGCUCUUGGACUGUUUGCUGGAGAGGCAGUGAUCGGAAUCGGGGUUGCAUACCUUAUCUAUCGCGAAUCCAACGGAUUCUCCUGGUUCUUCGAGCGCAGAGACAACGACUUUAAACGUCUUUCCCAAACGGAUGAAUCGGACACCGAAAAACUCGUUGUCGAGGAAGAGAAAUACGAACACUCGUCGUCCAAAUCGCUCUCUAUAUAG